AUGACGCAUCCGCGGGGAAAUCUCCCCUCUCCCCCACAACUCCAUCAACUCGUCACCGCAACCGAAACCCUCCCACCAAGCGCGCAACAACUCGAACCCGCCCUCCAGAAAAGAGCCGAGCAGAGCCGAGCAGAGCAUACUGGACCCGUCUCGCCGCCGUGGCCGGCUCCCUCCAUCAGCACGGCCUUCCACCCCGACUCCGUCGACCCCGGCCGCAAACCACCUAUGCGCUUCUACAUGGGCGCCUCCCCGUCGCAGAUCCUCUGCUUCCAGGCUUCGGCCUGUUGGAGACGGAAUGGCUCUACCGACGGUGGUAUCCCCACCGAUACAUCUAGCCCCGUGCUCCUGCAUCUCGGGACCAAAGCUGCGGUACCGUAUGCGUUCGAGGGCGGUGGCUUUCGCCAGUGGAUGGGCGCAGGCGCGGCGGAGGGAAAUGCAUAUCCCUGGACGUCGUCUCUACUGGGAACUGGGUGGCGUGUAUUUCUGCGUAGGAUGGGGGACGAGCUCGAUGCCGUGGACAACGGUCGAAUGCCGCACGAACCCGUCUAG